AUGCGCCGUUUGCUGUUGGCCUCGGCCUCGGCCUGGCUCUCCAGCCCCCUUAAGCUCGCAGACUUCACCCAUGUUGUCAUUGGUGGCGGCGUGGUCGGGCUGGCCGUAGCGCAGGAGCUGGCGCGCAACACCAGCAGCAGGAAUUCAACACUACUACUAGAGCGGCACGACGCCGUGGGCACCGAGACGUCGAGCCGGAACAGCGAGGUGGUGCACGCGGGCAUCUACUACGGUGCCGACAGCCUCAAGACGGCGCUGUGCGUGCGCGGCCGCGAGCUGCUGUACACGCUGUGCGCGGCCCACGGCGUGCCGCACCGCCGCACCGGCAAGUGGAUCGUGGCCCAGACCGACGCCCAGCGCGCCGCGCUGCAGCACAUCCACGACUUUGCCGCCACCGUCGGUGUCCCGGUGCGCUGGGUCGGCCGCGACGAGGCCGCGCGCCGCGAGCCCGCUGUGCGCGCCGAGCGCGGAGUGCUCGAGAGCCCCACCACCGGCAUCGUCGACAGCCACGCGCUGAUGAUGUGCCUGCUGGGCCGGUUCGAGGAGGCCGGCGGCACGGUUGCGCUGGGAAGCGCCGUCGAGGCCGUGACGCCGCUGUCUGCAUCCGGCACGGGUGGUGGCGGCCCUCCAGGCGGUGGCGGCUGGGAGCUGCUGGUGCGCGAUGCCGUGAGCGGCAAGACAUCGUCGGUGACGGCCGAGACCAUCGUCAACUCGGCCGGGCUGGGCGCCGUGGAUGUGCACAACAUGAUUGUGCCCGAGUCUAGGCGGAAGCAGAUGUUCUACGCCAAGGGCAACUACUUUUCUUACCCAGCGCCGAGCCCGUCGGUGAGCACGCUCAUCUACCCUGCCCCCGAGCCCGGGCACGGCGGUCUGGGCACCCACCUGACUUUGGACAUGGCUGGACGCAUCAAAUUCGGCCCCGACGUCGAGUGGGUUGACUCUCCCUACGACCUGGCCGUCAGCACAGCUCGCCUUCCCCAGACCAUAGAGGAGGUCAAGAAGUACCUGCCGGGGCUUGACGAGACGCAGUUACAGCCCGACUACGCGGGCAUACGUCCCAAGCUGGGGAAGCUGGGUGCUGUCAUGCAUGGCAAGGGGUUUGUCGACUUUGCCAUUUACAAGGAGGAAGGCUACGAGGGUUGGGUCAACUUGCUCAACAUCGAGAGUCCCGGCCUCACCAGCAGCUUCGCCAUAGCAGAGAAAGUCAGAGAGCUUUUGUACGCAUAG